GGUGCGCGAUAAAGGCUUUAAAAUUUAAUUAAUGAUCUUGGAAUGUAUUAGAGCCUGCUGAAUAUAAUACAAAAUUGCAAAACGGUUCUAAAUUCUUGAUGUGUUAAAAUCGCUCGAUUUAGAAGCACGUGCAUUUUAUUAAUCUAUGAAUGUGCAUAUUCUCGUGUUUUCCUCGAAACCUACAUGAAAUAUUGCUGCAAGUGAAGAAAUUCUACGCUCAAAAACGCGUAAUUGUUAGAGGCAUUAAGCUGAUGUAAUAUAUAUGUAUAAUGAAAAAAUAAAAUUUGAAAAAAGUUUAAUAGUUAAAUAUGAGUGAUAGUGAAGCGCUAAAUAAUAAUGUAGCAACCAAUGUAGCUCUUGCAGUGAGCAAUGUGAUUACUAUGAAUAACCGAACAGCAACAAAUUCGAAGCAGAGUGCUGCUACUGAUAGUACCGCUGAAUCUGUUAGUACCAAAAAAGCUCAAAUAUCCGUCUUGUCAACAACAACUGAUGAGGAGUGCACAGUAAAUCCCGUGUGCGAAAGCAAAUCUCAAAAUGCUACUACGGUUAAGAAUUUGACACAGACACAUCUUACUCAUGAUCCUACUUCCGCAAUAGAUUCAACAGUCUCUAACCAAAGCCAAAAACCUGACAGUAACAAACGUGUCAUACGCAAAAUUAUGGUAAUUGAUCCGAAGAAAUUGCAACAAGCUGGCUUAGACCGCAAAUUGGCCGAAGCAAUCGGCAGGCAUAAGCUAAAGGCAAUGGCUAAGGAACAACGCAGACGUGUUCAAGAUUGGGAUACUCAUAAGUUACUAGUAAAUGAUGCGUCUAAAGCAGCUAAUAAACCAACGCAAACUGCAAUUUCGUCAUUUAAGGCAACAUCACAUGCUGUUGUUCCAGCAACAGUAACCACAACGUGUACUGCAACAAGCAAUUCUACGCCAAAUACAACUAAUGCAACACAACAAAUCUCUUCUCCAAUAAAACCACUGGAUUCAUUGAAAAAAUGUCUUUUGGUGCCAGCUGCAACGGAAAAAACUGCUGCCUCAAAAAUAAAUGCGACGCCGGUUAACACAACAAUUUCGGCUCACCCAGCUACCAAAUCGCCUUCCGUUGGCGGCAAAGUUUUUGUUACACCGAAGAUAACCAUAACGCGACCCGGCGAAGAACCGCAUACGGUACGCAUAGUGCCCGAGCACCGCUUAGAAAAUGUGAAAUACAUAUUGCAAUGUAAGAUUUUGAAACGACAGCAAUUGGCAGCUGUACAGGUCCCGCAAUCUCCGCAAUCGCCACAAGUUGCAAGUAUAUCGACGUCACUACACACCACACCAACAACUGAAAUGCCCUGGAUUGAGCCGAAAACCGAAAUGGAAGAGUUCAUGAACAUACCCAAAGGCCAGCAAACGAAAAAACCAUCACCAGCUAAAACUCCGCAAGAUAUAGCACGUGUACUCGACUUUAGUGCAGAAGCCGCUCCUGCAAGAAACUCAACUGUAUCGGCUCUAAACGCCAAUGAGCUUAAAGCAGAAAAGGUCAGCACAGUCCAUAGUCCAGUACACAUAAGAAACUACAGUCUCAAUGCACGCAAAGAGUCGCCCGCAAAGGAGGAAGCUGCUGGUACACGCGCAUUCGAUGUUGCACGUUUGGUGGCGCGCAUUGGUAAUGUAACAAUGCGCAAGCACCCCGUACAGUCCCCAGACAAGCCAGCUAAUAUAAUGGAAAUACCUAAAGCCACCAUACAUUGCAAGAAACUGCCGGUACAAAACAAACAUAACAAUGUGGCCAAGAGAGAUAAUGUCACAAAACCAUUUCUGGAACCAAACAUGGAACCGACUGUUUCGCCGUUAUUAACAGACAAAAAUAUAGUUGCAACCAACGUUGAGCAUCCGAUAAGCGCAGUCUAUAAAGAUCCAGUAAAGCAGCCAACAGAAGCGUUGAACGUUAAGGCUUCUACCGGUACCCCGCUUGACAACCAAAGCAAUGCGCAAUCACAGUUCAACAACUUUCCGCUAUAUUCGCCACUGAAACAACCAUUCCCGGUAGUUACACACUCGCAAGAUUUGCCUUUACCCACAAUCUCCACAUUCAAAACACCCUUUCCUACCACUUUGAUUAAAGUCGGUCAAAUGGGUCAGACACAGGGUGAUGAUACAGAAAAAACCAGCGAUAAUUUCUUGAAAAAUACAUAUUUCGUAACACCGGCUGUUACAAUCCCCAUAGCACAAACUCCCAAAAGUCUGAUUGUGUUGGAGAACAAAGUUUUAUCACAGGAUGAAAAGAUUGAUCUGACGGCAUUAGGCUUUGGUACACCGAAAUUAGAGUCAACGCCAGGCGUAACAAUGGAUACGCAUGCGCCGGAAACGGCACAAAUUUCGCAAACGAAAAUUGCGCCCAUCACGUCGUCAGCCGUAAAGAAUGUGUUACCACAGACGGGCGCUAAAUUCAAUAAUCGUACGAUUGUAUCGAUGGAUAAACUGAAGUUGUCUUCGGAUAAGAUAGCUGAGCUUGUCAAGGCGAUACAGCUUAAAAACGCAAAUUCAUCGAAACACUUUCUUGUCGUGCGUAAAGCUGAAAAUGUGGCGAAGGCAAGCGAAAACACCGGCGUAUUGCGACGAAAUGAGACCUGUGUUACCCAAACAAGUCCGACGUUGACACAACCAGCAGCGAAUACAGCAAGCGUAGACUUCUCACCUCUUAACAAAAACACAGCUUCAAUAGAAAAAGCGAACGAAACGCCGAUAAGUGCAACACCAAACAUUCCAGUGUCCAAGUUAACAGAAAUUUACACAAACACUGCAACACAUACUAAUAAGAUACCUGAAACUCCUACCCAAAACGAUUUUCAACCUACAACUGCAGUGGUUUCCACAGAUCUCACAACCACUGCCGCACCUAUUAUCUACCAAGCACCUAAAACUGUGGUCGACUCACAAUUCAAAAACCCUUUGCCGCCUAAUCCACCGAAAUUAACCGACUCGGCUCAAAAUGCACACAACAAAUCUGCUGUUUGUGUGGUGGAUAGUGGCGAUGAUGAAUCGGAUGCGUCGUUAUCUGCCGUUGACUUCAUUGCUUCGUUGGCGGCUGAAAACCCUAUAACGGAGGAUAUGCAACUGGAGCUCUCGCCAGAAGAGCUCAAUUUGAAUGCUUCCUUCGCAAUGAAUUUCUCACCACUCCGCAUUCCAUACCGGGAUCGAACAGAGAGCGUAAAGAGUGAAAUAAUUGAGCAAGAUAUAUUUGACGCCUGCAAUGUGCCAAAUGCCGAAACAUUGCCUGAGUUAUUUGAACCCGAAAUGGCUGCCGAUGACGUGCAAAUCGGUAAAAUCAUAACUAUCAGUGAGGAGAAUAUACUGAAGGCUGUUGCUGCCUCAAGCAAAUUGGACGCCAAUAAUGAACAGACAAAUAAUGGUGCACAAGAGGUAUUUAAACUCACGAAGAGCACCGAACACCUUGACUCUAUUGAAGUGGAAACACAAGUCAAUCAUAUGGAAAAUAUAAAUAACCUCGACAUUGUAGCAACUGAUAGUUUAACUGAAUCGACAGUAGGUCCAAUUAUAGUUAAGAAUCUUGAAAUUGGCGCCAUAGACAACUUUGAAGAAAAUCGCACAGGUGAGGUGAUUGUGAAAACUAUGGAAGAUAUGCCGGAGACUAUUGGAAAAAUCAAUAAAAAUGUGGGGGAUGAAGUACCGGUUACCAAACAAAUUCAAAUGUUACCCUUAGAGGUUGAAGCGUUGUCACAAAGCCGCACUACCGUGGAAAAAGUUUUGCCUGACGCAGACAAAUCUGAUCAAUGCGAAAUAUCGGUGGAACCGUCUACUGCUAACGCAGAAGAGACUAGUCAAAAAACAGCAACAAUACCGCAUGUUAUCAACGUAGGUGAUAAAAAUACCGAAACCGUGUCAGUGGUCGAAGCUAAAGCAAGCGUUAGUCUAGCAGCUGGGAGAGGAAACAUAGAUGAAGUGCUUAGUCCUCAUAAACCGAAAGCGUUGACUGCAACUGAGCCAGAGUUAAGUCGAACAGCUAAAGCUGGAAGUGGAACCGCAAACACUAAAACGGAAGCCGAAUCCAAGUCAGUCAAGCCAACGGAAAGCUCCACAUUGCCUACGGAUCCUACCAGUCACCUUCAGAAUGAAAAGCUUGCUGAGCCCAAUGAAAAUGUGACGUCAGUUGCUGGAGAAAAGGCGAAAGCUGUGCCAAAACGAUUACCACGUUUCAAGAAAGGCAAGAUCAACUUGGUUCAACGUAAGAAAACAACAGCAGGUGCACCCGUAAAGCUACAGGAAACAAAGUCUGUAUCUGAAAAUAGCAACGAAGCGUCUUCAGAUAAAGACCUCAAUGAGAAAAUAACUACUGUAGAGGAGAUGCCUGUGACAUCUAAGUUAAACAGUCCGACUGUUCAAGUAGGGAAGAUGAAUGAAGAUCAAAAACUAAAUGACAAAGAAACUGUAUUGGAAGAGAUGGCUGACUCAUCUAAGGUAGACAGGGAGAUUGAUGAAAAAGUAGAGAAUAUGAAUGAAGAUCAAAAACUAAAUGACAAAGAAACUGCAUUGGAAGAGAUCGCAGACACAUCUCAGCUGGACGGAAAACCUGCAUUAGAAGAGAUCGCUGUCAAAUCUCAGCUAGACGGAGAAGCUAUUGAAGGAUUAGAUAACUUUAAUAAGGACCAACAAAUAAAAGAAACUGCGGUAGAAGAUAUCGCUGCUAUAUCUACAGAAGAAGUGGAAAAGAUGAAUGAAGAUCCGGAACAAAAUGAUAAAGAAACUGCGUUUGAAGAGAUCGCAGACACAUCUGAGUUCAACCGAGAGAAAAAAGAAGAAAAAGUUCGGAUAAAUGCAACGGUUGCACAAACAAAUGAAUUGAACUCUGUAGUCAAGGAAUCAAUGGCAUUAUCGCAAAAUUCGGCUGCAGAGGUUGAUGUAAACGAAGGUGUAGGUGCCGAACAUGCGUUGGUUGCUGAACAUACACUGGGUGCCAAGUGUGCUAAUGAGUUAUCUACAACGGGAAGUGAGUUUUUAACUAGUGAAAUUGCCGUGUCAGACCUCUCUGUGCCUGAUAUAUAUAAAACGGAAAGUGAGCGUGCAACUAGUGAAGUUGCCGUGUCAGACCUCUCUGUACCAGAUAUAUCAACUACCAAUGAAUCGCCAUUAAAAUCAGGCGAAUUAAAGCGUAAAACUGCUCUAAUAUCCGAACUAUUGCAUCCACCUAAAAUACCUAAGCGAAAAUGCGCAAGUUCUGAUAACAAAUCCCCUUCAUUAUGCGAUGUGCCAAUUGCGCAAUCUUCUUCUACUGAGAACCUUCUACUCAGUGUUGUAAAGUCAGCAACAGAGAAAGCUAAAACAACUCCAGCGAAAAAUCCGUUUAAGAAGACAAAAAUAGAAGCCUGUGCCGAUCAACAGCCUAUAAAAGGAAUACAUAAUCUUUUGACUAUGUUUAAUAAAGAGUCCAAUACGAGCGAGGCUGAAAAAGCUGGCGAAGUUAAAACAAUCGCAGAAAACUCUGAAGUGGUGCGUGCAGCUGAUAAUUUAGAAGAAAAUCCCAAUCAAGCGGAGCUACAGCAUAGCAAUGCUCAAAAGACUGAUCGUGUUGGCAAAUUAGAGCUUACGGACGAAAAUAAGCAGCAGUCAAAUACAGCUAAUUCUGAAGUCUCAGCAAAUUCUGUAAUAGCUGCGAUAGCAGAGGUUCAGGAAACUGCAAAAACCUGUGAUAUUUUACAUGUGAUAACCGAAGAAAAGCUACUGGAACAAAAUGCCGAUGAAAAGGUGCCGAAAGCAGACACUCCAACUACUGAAGAUAUUCAUAAACCUGGUUAUAUAAAAAGUGAUUUUCUCGGAUUCAAUCAUAAUUCGCCAAGUACUCAGAAUAUUGAGAGUAAUCUGCAACAUAUACUCACAAUAACCACUAGUGCUGAAAAGACAAAAACACGCGAAAUAGACCACAGCACUGCGGAGCGUGAAAGCCCACACGUUGCGCUAAGCGAUAGCGCCGUAAAAAUCCCACACAUUGCGCUAAGCGAUAGCGCCGUAAAGAGCUCAACGACUACUGCCAAGACUACGACGAAAAAGUCAAAUCUGGUAACGAGGCGUAAGCCAACGAAUCGCCGAAGUGUGCCCUUAAAGAAGCGUUGGGGAGUUUUGCAGGAAUCGGAUGAAGAUAUAAAUAUAACUGAUGAUAUAUCGCCGGCGGAUGAUGAGGAGGACGAAAACGACGAAACUAGUUUUCAAACAUUAGACAAAUCCCAAGACUCACACAAAAAUAUGAACAAAAUUAAAAUUCGUAAAAGUAAUAACGAUGAUAGGAAAGUCGUGGAAGGUGAAAAAGAGCUGGAAGGCGCGAUAAAAGAUGUAGUAGUCACAAAUAACGAUAUAACAGAGGCAGUGCCUUCAGAGAACAAGAAACGUAAAAGAAGUUCAGUAUAUAGCAUAGAUAUCCCAGAGCAAGCAAGUGAUGUUGUUACCGCUGCUGAGAGUACUACUUCUAAAGAUUUAGAAGCACCAAGUAAAAAAGCGCGCUUAGCAGAAAAAUUCGAAAAUAAAACAGCAACGAAUUCUACCGAAAACGACACUAGUAUUGUGGAGCCUACUAAAAAGCCACAAGUGCAGGUCGCGGAACCAGAAGCAACCAUGAAAGACACUACAGCAAAUGAGGACUCAAACGAAGUCGAUAAGGUCAACACGACUACACGUGCUUCGUUGGAUUCCGAAAGAACAGCAACUCUACAAAAGACAACACCAGAGUUUGCAACGUCAACACCAGUUAUACCAACAGCAACGGAAGGCAGCAGCACGAAACGCGGCAGAAAGCGCAAGUUGCCUGCGGAAACUGUUGAGGAAACUAAGCAGGAAACAGUGAACGUGGAAGAAAGUACGCCAGUGGUGCGAAAAACGCGUGGCCGAAAACCAAAGUCAACGCUUCCGAAUGAAAGCGAAGCUGUGCCUUGUAAUGGUGUGGCGGAAGCGCAGAAAACACUUGAUAUUACACUUGACUUAAACGAGACGCUACCAAAUUCGAGUUUAAAUAUAAUGGAAACUGCAAAUGCGAGCCAAGCAACAACUGACCUUGAGACGCCUGUAAAAAUACCAAAAAAGCGUGGAAGGAAGCCGAAAGCGCUCUUGGCCACACCGGACACCCCAGUGGACUCAAACGAAAAACAGCAAGGUAGAGGCGUAAAAGCUGGAGAUCUUCAAACACGCGGCAAUUUCAAUGAACGUCUCUUAUUGAUAACGAAUCGCGCGCAGCUCGAUACAGACGAAGUGCUCACCGCACAGCCUGUAGCGAAAACUUCGAAAAAAACUUCGAUACAAUGUGGACUAUGCUUGCAAAAACUGCCACGCGAUAACUGGGUGGAACAUUUAGCGACACAUUACGGUGUUGGUUGGAUAGUGGGCGAAACGACGCCAAUUAAUGUCACCUUCCGCAAUGAAGUGCUGAAGGUCAUGAUCGCUUUUCUGAAAGUAAACGUUAGCAAAUAUCCGCUCACCUGUCGCAUGUGUCAACGCACCUAUCGCUCAGCUUUGGGCACCCUGCUACAUAUUGAAACCUGUGGUGCGACGGACACGCGCACACCUUGUGAUUACUGUAAAAAAGAAUACUCGAAAUUUAGCGUUGUAAGCCAUAUGCGUACGUGUAGCAAACGUGCCGAGGACGAAGAGCUUAACGAGACGGCAACAGAGGCUAAAGAAGCGGUAGCUGAGAACAAGGAAGCCGUCUUCAACAAUGUGGGACGUUUGAAACGAGCUUCAGUGCAAAAGGCGGAAAAGAUGCUGAAAGCUCUCAAAGACUCGCAGAGUACUGGAAUACUUUGCACCAAAGAUGCCAAAAACCACGUUGAGUUCGUUGGACCUGAGAAAAUGUUGGAAAAGUGCGCGAAAGAUAUAGAAACGACGGGGUCAGCUGCAUGUCCAGCACAGGGUUGUAAAUUCACAGCUAAGGAUUUAAACGCCGUAAAAGAACAUUUUGCCAGCUGUGACUUAAAGGAAACCGUUGCUAAAGGUGUUUAUAACUGCAAACUUUGCUCGAAAACGACGAAGUCCUAUCGUGCUGUCAAAUCUGUGAUAAAACAUAUUUUACAACAGCACAAGAGUGCAGAAGUCGAUCAGGACUUCGAAGGUGAUGUUUCGGAUUGCGGCAUUAAAACCGAUGAUGAAUCAAGCGGCGAUGAUGAGGAUGUCUCCUCAGGUGUGGAUUCGAAUGAAGAGAAUAAUGCUAAUGAUAAUGCGAGUGAUAGUUCCGCCGAUGUGGCGGCUGGGCGAAAAAACGUGCGGAAGAAACAGACUGGCAAGAAGAAGUCGGCAACUGCAUUGUCAAACUCUAUAAGUGCGGACAGACUGCAUCCACCGCGGGAAUCGGAUUAUAAUGGCACUGCUCGUCUCUUGUGGAAAGAAUUUACUGCGCAAAAUUAUAGUUCGGCGCCGUUAUUUACCGACGCAAAAGUUAAGUACACGAUUUGCGCACGCAGCGAUUAUGAGAAAUAUAUGCCGGAUAUGGAAACGUCCAUGAAGUACAAUUACAAUACCGAUCUAAAGCUUUGUAAAUCGUCAAAGCAAGUAAGCUUUGGCAAGGCAGCGAAAGAUAUAAACUGGUCGCAAUUACAACGUCUAGAAAUCAUGUCGGUGAAGAAUGAACAAUUCACUUUUCUGGGCGAAGCUAUAAAAACUGCGACCUGGGUGCCAUUACCCAAGGACAUUAAAGAGCAAUAUCUGCUCAUUAGCACACGACGCGCAUAUACACGUUUCAAGGGUCCGAAAAUAGGCAACACCUUACUUUGGCUGUACAAAGUCACAGCAGCUGACACGUCGAAGUCAUGUGACAUGCAACUACAAUAUGCCAUCAGUAUACCCGAUGCGCCUGUGCAUUGUUUGGCAUUUUUACCGAGUGGUGGUUAUGAUGCGCAUGUCAAUCGUCUGGGUGUGGUGGCGGUUGGCACAGCAAAAAAUACCAUUAAGGUUUACGCAUUGCCUUUGUGUGUUGAAAACGUGGUCGAGUUGAGUGAAGCAACGACUGAGCAGCAUACAGAAAAUUUUACCACGCUGCAAUUGGAGCCAGUUUGGCUGCUGGCAUUAGAUCUCUCCAAAAAAGACUUGAGCCAACAUCCGUUUGUGGACACACAAUGCACGGCGCUGUGUUGGUCCGAGUUUGCUGAGCAUAUGCAUAUAUUUGCGGGCUACGCAAACGGUUGUGUCGCCUAUUGGGAUGUGAGCAGUGAUAGAAAUCUAAAUCGUCUCAUUAUCGAUGGCCUGCCGCACUAUGUGCCACUCAAUUUCUUCUACACGCGCGAGAAGAAUGUGCGAGCCAUGGCGUUGCAUUAUGACAGCUCAGGCGUGCGUGUGAUUGCCGUUAUUGUUGGCCGACGUUUGUUGGUAUUAUAUGAUCUCUAUCACUUCACUCGUCCAUUCAUUUUGAAGGAGGAAAUCACCAAAAAUGAGGCCACCGACUUGGAAUGGUCGCCGAUCUGGCAAUCGCUAGCCAUUGCAAUGGGCGAUUCAUUGCCCUACAAUGGUCGCUGCGUAUUUGCUGUAAAUCCGUCGAAUAUUGUCUUCAAAAAUGAGACAAUCGACAGAAUGAGCGCUGGCGUCAAUAAAACCCAUUACAACCCCUUACAGAAUAUGCUCGCCAAUGCGACCGACAACGGUGAUGUGGUGUUCUUGAAUUUGCGCGAGAUGCACUUGAAAGAAAUACUGCGCGAUUCGUUGCGUAGUUCUCAAGCAGUGGGUAUAAUGGAUAUGAAAUGCUUGAACGGCACGGAUAUACCGAAAUUCGAUGCCAAGUCGGCAACAGCGGAUUGGAGUUUCAACGAGGAGAAUUGCAAUGAGAAAUAUGGCCUAGUAUUCGGUCCUGUAACAAGGAUUGAUAAAAGCCUCAAAGCGCAAUAUCUGAGCGAGCAACGUCGUGUGCCUGUAAGUUUGACGCCUUGCACGCGCAUAAAUACCAUACACUGCAAUUUCAAUAAUCGCGGCAAACACUUGGUGGCUGCUGGUUAUGAAAACGGGUUUCUACGCGUCUUCUGCAUUGAUGGCAAAUCUUUUUUCUACUAAGCACGAAAAAAUAUUCUCAUAAGUCCCGAAGUCAUACCCAACUUAUAUGGAAAGUGAAAAAAGUAUAAAAGAAUAUGCUGACAAACGCUGUGUUGUCGUGUUUAGCGUCGCGUUGUACUGCUAAGGAAGAUUUUGCUACUAUGACCGUUGGGUACUGAUGGCUGAUGACCGGCCAGUCGCGUUUAUGAACCGAGGCGGACCCGAAUUUUUAUCCAACCAAGGUCAGUAAAAUCAGCAGCAUUCCUCGAAAUUAUUUCAGGAAUGUUUUCUGCCACUACAACAACAAAAACAACUUUGCUACGAUGCGUUUUCCUACCAUGUUACGUUUCCACGACAACUGGGUCUAUGUAAGCGAAGUGGAUACAGCUUUUUAUCCGUCAGCAGUAUUCUUCAAAAUUAUUUGCGGCAUGUUUCCGGAUUUUACAACAACAAAACAACUUGGAUAUGAUGCAUGCCUCGAAAGAAAUUUUUUUCUAAUAGCAAUCUCCUGCCCUCGGCAGAUCUUGUCAAAACGUCGUGCGUUUUUCUGUUAUCAAAUGGCAUGCGGCGAAUUCAUUCAAAAUGGUGGCAAAAGUGCUGCCAAUCAUUUGUACUACUACCAGGACAAUGGGGACUGAGUAAACGGAAUAGAUCCAUAUUUUCAUCCGGCGAAAAGUCAGCAUUGGUCUUCAAAAUUAUUUGGGGAAUGCUACAAUAACAAAAACAACCCAUGCAUACCUCGAAAUUUUCCUUCCCAAUAGCGAUCUCCCCUCGGCAGCCAUUGCCCAAUCGUUGAACGUUUUGCUGCUAUCAAAUAUCCCAUUUGGAGGCGUCGUCAGCGUCUCUUAGACAUACAUACAUAUACCGUUAUGUAUCGAAAUAAUAUGGUGUUUAGUAACUUAUAUUUAAAUUUACAUCUUAAGAUUAUCAACAUCACGUGGUUUGUAGAUAGAAUUUUGAAUAUUAUGCAAUAGCUAUAAACCCUAGACAUUAGAGCGGGAUAAUUUACAGGGAGUCAAAAAGCGGAAAAGUCGCGUAUGCAGGAAAUGUUCUAAGGAUCAUUCUGAACAACUUUGCCUAAGAGAAUAUAGGUCUAAAACCGGUUUUGAGUAAGUUUUCGAGCCAGCGAUUUUUAAAGAAAAGUUUCUUAUGGACUCUAAAAAUUUGUUCGUCAGUUUUUGAGUUAUCCGAAUGAAAUUUGAUACGUGGGUGCAUUUUGAUAUUCUAUUGAUCAUAUGCCGAAAUCGGUCAUAUCGGGCAUCUCCCAUAUAACCGAUUAUUCCGAUUUUUUACACUUCGCCUUAAAAAUCGCUGGGUCGGAAACAGUUUUAGAAACAUAGAAAAAAAUCGACCGGCAUAUGUAUGUAUGUAUAUGUAGGCAUGUGUGUGCAUAUGUAAGAUAUUGUACACAAAUUAAAUUAUAAUUAACUGUUGAAUUUAAUAUCAAUAAUCCUGUUACACUUUAAUUUUUUAGUUAUUUUUAAAAACUUCCUGUGGUAGCGUGACCCUUUGAAUUAUUGAAUUGAAAAGUUCUCUGUAUUUUGGUUACACAUUAAUCAUAAUUUAUUUUUAUUUUUAAAUAUUUCUAAAUACAAUGUUAAGCUAAGUUUGUAUGUAUGGUAUAUGCUUUUGCUUGAAUUACUAAAGUGUAUUUAUUGCUGAAAAUAAGGAAUAUACAUAUAUGUAUAUAUAUAAAUGUUUUAUACAAACUACAUACACACUAACGAAUGUAUAAAUACUGU